ACAGCCAACCUCUCGGUCCUGGAAAAACUAGCUGAUGUCGCCCUGCGUCUCUUUCUGGAGGGCGCCAACGAAGUUGAAUUUCCGAUUCGAAAGGUCAACAUUUUGCUCUUUAAGGACCUCCGCUUCGCGGUCAACCCAUUUGUGGCAAAGUUUAAUCUUGAACUGCUGCCAGAACGGACUACUGAAGGUGCCAGUUUGGACAAUGACGUAAUUCCGCCUCGGCACUUAGUCACCAUGUUAAAUUGUGAACUAACAAAAUGGGACGGAGUUGUAGCCACCGAGGCGCCAUUCAAGUUUGUUGUGAGGGGCAUUGUGCGAGCACUCACGCCGAAGGAACUGCUCGAGGUCGAGUGCGAGAAGUUCUUCAAUGAGGACGUUAUGCCGAAGUUCCUCUUACCAAAGCUUGGUAAAAUCAAGAACAGGAAUAACAGGAGGAGGUACAAGAACGAGUAA